AUGCCAAAACUCACGGAACACCAUAACCUUAGCCAGGAACUUAAACAAAAGGUGAGCAUCGUUCACGCUGGUUUGAUAAACAAGGGAAACACAUGCUACGCAAACUCCAUUUUGCAAGCAUUAACGGUUCUUUCAAGACUUUGGUCUCAAUUACCAUCAGAGUCCUCUUUGUCAUCUCUAGUAAAGUCUAUAGUCCUAAAUAUGUCACUACUGAAUCGUUCUCGUCCACCAAUUGAUCCUUCCAAUUUCUUACGAGCACUGCAAAACAGAAUGCAUGCUCUUAACAAUAACGCGUUUUAUCACAAUCACCAACAAGAUGUGCACGAGAUCCUUCAAGUUGUUUUUGACGAAAUUAUUGGAUCUUCCCCUUUGGUUGACAAUCUACUGUCUGUAACUGUGACCACAACAACGUCAUGUAACUCCUGUUGUUUCUCCACUUCCAGGGAACAAAAGGAUUCAAUUUUAAUUUUACCAACGUGUAAGUCAAUAGCAGACUCUUUUAACAAAUUUUUACAACCUCAAGAACUUCUAGGUGACAGCAAGUGGUUCUGCCCCCACUGUUCAUCGCAUCAAGAGGCCACAAUUGAAAUUCAGUUUUCUAAUUGCGGCGACUUCCUUGUUGUACAAUUGUUAAGAUACACAUCAGUAAAUGGGUCUUCUUUUAAAGACAACAAGUUAGUCAAUUGCUUGCCUAAAAAACAUCAUGUCUUAAAGGUAGCAUCUCACCCAACUGACGAUGUGUCUUUCAACAACAAGUAUAACUUGGUUGCUACCACUAACCACUCAGGUACAUUAAAAGCAGGUCAUUACUGGGCCUUCAUUAAGGACCAACAAAACACCUGGUUCAAAUGCAACGAUCGCUGUAUUUCUCAAGUAGACACAUUCCACUUGAAUAAUUCUUCGUCAUACAUACUUUUCUUUUCCAGAAGUUAG